AUGGAACCUGUGCAGUACAGCUACGAGGAUUUCGCUCGAUUGCCCACGACGGUGUUCUGGAUCAUGGGCUACGACAUGCUGGGCGUUCCGAAGACCCGCUCUCGCAGGAUACUAUACUGGAUAUAUCGUUUCCUCUGUCUCGCCAGCCAUGGGGUCUGUGUAGGAGUCAUGGUAUUUCGUAUGGUGGAGGCAAAGACCAUUGACAAUGUUUCGCUGAUCAUGCGGUAUGCCACUCUGGUCACCUAUAUCAUCAACUCGGAUACGAAAUUCGCAACUGUCUUACAAAGGAGUGCAAUUCAAAGUCUAAACUCAAAACUGGCCGAACUAUAUCCGAAGACCACGCUGGACAGGAUCUAUCACCGGGUGAAUGAUCACUAUUGGACCAAGUCAUUUGUAUAUUUGGUUAUUAUCUACAUUGGUUCGUCGAUUAUGGUUGUUAUUGGACCGAUUAUUACGUCGAUUAUAGCUUACUUCACGCACAACGUUUUCACCUACAUGCACUGCUAUCCGUACUUUUUGUAUGAUCCUGAGAAGGAUCCGGUUUGGAUCUACAUCAGCAUCUAUGCUCUGGAAUGGUUGCACAGCACACAGAUGGUCAUUUCGAACAUUGGCGCGGAUAUCUGGCUGCUGUACUUUCAGGUGCAGAUAAAUCUCCACUUCAGGGGCAUUAUACGAUCACUGGCGGAUCACAAGCCCAGUGUGAAGCACGACCAGGAGGACAGGAAAUUCAUUGCGAAAAUUGUCGACAAGCAGGUGCACCUGGUCAGUUUGCAAAACGAUCUGAAUGGUAUCUUUGGAAAAUCGCUGCUUCUAAGCCUGCUGACCACCGCAGCGGUUAUCUGCACGGUGGCGGUGUACACUCUGAUUCAGGGUCCCACCUUGGAGGGCUUCACCUAUGUGAUCUUCAUCGGGACUUCUGUGAUGCAGGUCUACCUGGUGUGCUAUUACGGUCAGCAAGUUCUCGACUUGAGCGGCGAGGUGGCCCACGCCGUGUACAAUCAUGAUUUUCACGAUGCUUCUAUAGCGUACAAGAGGUACCUGCUCAUAAUCAUUAUCAGGGCGCAGCAGCCCGUGGAACUUAAUGCCAUGGGCUACCUGUCCAUUUCGCUGGACACCUUUAAACAGCUGAUGAGCGUCUCCUACCGGGUUAUAACCAUGCUCAUGCAGAUGAUUCAGUAG